CUCCCUCUUCCCUGUAACUCUGUUUCGCCAAUUGCCUUAGGUGAGGUGUCGGAAUGCGCGCCAAUCAAGGUGGGAUUCGGGAACUUUAGGACAGGAGAUUGGGAGAUUGAUUGGGCUGGUUCGAGAUAAAGGGAAAAGGCCGAUAUCGCGAAGAGGUUUUAGAGAGAGCGGGAGAAAGAGAGAGAGGAAGGUUGUGAGAAAAGGACGGAUGGAGAAGGCGUUGUGGUUACGGUGGUCUUGCCGCGAGCGGUCCAGGAUCUGGGGCGGCACGCGCUAUCAAUCGGCUUUUGUGGUGAAUUUGAGUCAUUGCUCGCGAACCUUCUACCACAAAACCCGUUUGACCCCGCCAUCUUCAACACUCUCGAACUUUCGAGCACCCACCUCCGCCCUCCGGACUGCAGCCCCGGCUUCCUACUACGCUGCCUCUGCCUUGUUGGAUUACUAUCGAACCCGUCAUCAUCUCCCUUCUCACCUCAAACGCCUACACCACACCAUGACGGAACCCCAGUGGACAGGCCCCCGCGUCCGGGAGACGUUUUUGAAAUUCUUUGAAGAGCGGGGCCACACCAUCGUCCCAUCGUCGUCGGUCGUGCCUCACAAUGACCCGACACUGCUCUUCAUCAACUCGGGCAUGGCCCAGUUCAAGCCUCUGUUCCUGGGAACAGUAGGCAAGACUGAGCCCAUGGCUGCGCUCAAGCGUGCUGCCGACACACAAAAAUGCAUCCGUGCCGGUGGAAAGCACAACGACCUUGACGAUGUAGGCAAGGAUUCCUACCAUCACACCUUCUUCGAGAUGCUUGGCAACUGGUCGUUUGGCGACUACUUCAAGAGGGAGGCUAUUGGGUGGACAUGGGAGUUGCUCACCAAGGUGUACGGUCUCGACCCUAAUCGCCUCUAUGUGACCUACUUCGAGGGCAACGAAGCCAUGGGCCUGGAACCAGAUCUCGAGGCCAGGCAGCUCUGGCUCGACCAAGGAGUACCAGAGGACCACAUCCUUCCCGGCAACAUGAAGGACAAUUUCUGGGAAAUGGGCGACCAAGGGCCAUGCGGGCCGUGCUCCGAGGUUCAUUACGACAAGGUUGGUGGGAGAAAUGCUGCGCAUCUCGUCAACCAGGACGACCCUCUCGUGGUAGAGAUCUGGAACAACGUCUUCAUGCAAUACGACAGGCAAAAGGACAGGAGCCUCAAGCCUCUCCCCGCAAAGCACAUUGAUACCGGUAUGGGUUUUGAGCGUCUGGUAUCUGCCCUCCAGCACAAGUCUUCCAACUAUGAUACCGAUGUUUUCGCCCCUCUGUUCGCCAAGAUCGUCGAAGUCAGCGGUUCCCGCCCAUACAGCGACAAGUACGGCAAGGACGACGUCGAUGGUGUCGAUACCGCGCUCCGUGUUGUUGCCGACCACAUUCGUCUCCUCUCCUUCUCCAUCGCUGAUGGUGCUGUUCCCGGCAACAUCGGCCGCGGUUACGUCGUUCGCCGUGUUCUCCGCAGAGGUGUCCGCUACGCCAGGAAGUACCUCAAUGCCAACAUUGGUUCUUUCUUCUCCCAGAUUCUUCCUGCUUUGGUCGAACAGAUGGGCGAGCAAUUUCCCGAGCUCAAGAAGAAGGAGGCCGAUAUCAAAGAAAUCCUUGAUGAGGAGGAGGUUGCUUUCGCUGUUACCCUCGACCGUGGUGAGGCCAUGUUUGAGAAGUAUGCCGCUGCUGCGACCAAGGCUGGCGAGAAGAAGCUUUCCGGUGCCGAUGUUUGGCGUCUGUACGAUACCUUUGGUUUCCCAGUGGAUCUCACCAAGUUGAUGGCCGAGGAGCGCGGCCUUACCAUCGACGAAGAGGAGGUCAAGGUUGCCCAGGAGAAGGCUCGCGAGGCUUCCAAGGCGGUCAAGGAAGCCGUCACCACAUUCCCUAAGCUCACGGUUCAUCACAUUUCCGAGUUAGAGAAUGACCGGAACAUCCCCCGGACGGACUCGGAGGCCAAAUACUCUGCGCAGAGCAGCGAAGGUAAAAUCCAGCUCAUCUUCAACGGUUCCGAGUUUAUCGAGAACAGCAAGGAUGUGCCACCAAAGACGCCCCUGGGCAUCAUCCUCGACAAGACCAACUUCUACGCUGAAUCCGGUGGUCAGGUUGCCGACACUGGUCGGAUCAUCAUUGACGAUGAAGCUGAGUUCAAGGUCCUCGAUACUCAAGAAUUCGGUGGUUACGUCGUUCACUCCGGUUUCCUCGAGUACGGCAACUUGAAGGCUGGUGAUGUCGUCAAGUGCGAAUUUGACGAGCUCCGUCGCCAACCCAUCCGCAACAACCACACCGGCACUCACGUCCUCAACCAUGCCCUGAGAGAAGUGCUCGGCGAUACGGUCAACCAGGCCGGCUCGCUCGUCGAUCAGGACAAGCUGCGCUUCGAUUUCAGCCACAAGACGCAGGUGACACUGCCCGAGAUCAAGCGCAUUGAGGAGCUCUCCAACGCCGAUAUCCGCAAGAACCUCAAGGUGUACGCCAAGGAUGUUUCCCUGGCCGAGGCUAGAGAAAUCAACGGCCUUCGUGCCGUCUUUGGUGAGACGUACCCUGACCCUGUCAGAGUGGUGUCCGUCGGUGCCUCUGUUGAGGAGAUGCUCAAGGACCCCAAGAACCCUGAGUGGCGCCAGUUCAGCGUUGAGUUCUGCGGUGGUACUCACGUUGACGCCACUGGCCUCAUCAAGGACCUGAUCAUUGUUGAGGAAAGCGGUAUUGCCAAGGGUAUCAGACGUAUCGUCGCCUACACGGGUACCGGUGCCCACCAGGCUCAGCAAGACGCCAAGGACUUCAGCGACAGACUCGAUCACAUCGCUGCCUUGGAGUUUGGCCCCGAGAAGGUUUCGUUGGUCAAGGCUGCGUCCGUCGAUCUCGAUGCUCUCGUCAUCUCCGUCUUAACCAAGGAAGAGUUGCGUAAGAAGUUUGCCACCAUUCAGAAGUCAGUCCUUGACGAGCAAAAGAAGAGGCAAAAGGCUGAGAGCGGGACUGCUCUGUCUACCGUUCAAAAGUUCUUUGCCGAUGAGAAGAACAAGGACGCCAAGGCGUUCGUUGGGCACUUGCCCAUCUCUGCCAACGCCAAGGCCAUCUCUGAGGUGAUGACUUACUACAAGAGCAAGGACAAGGCCAAGAGUGUGUAUCUGUUUGCUGGAAGCAAGGAUGAGGCUGUCGUACAUGGUGUUUAUGUCGGUACCGACUUGAAGGGUGUUACCGCUGAGCAGUGGACUGCUGCUGUUACCGAGAUUAUUGGCGGUAAGACGGGCGGUAAGGAGCCCAGUCGCCAGGGUGCUGGUUCCAACCCUGAGAAGCUUGAUGAGGCCGUCACCAAGGCUCAACAAUGGUUGGAGGAGAAGAUGAAGGAGCUUAGCCUUUGAGACUGUUGCUUUCAAAGUGAAAUAAUCAAUGAGCUAACGGGAUCGGCAUGGCGUGUGGUGUUGGUAGUUUUGAAAUCCCGAUAAAAGUACCUACAAGCUUUGCUCUAUAAAUUCCCUUUGUGACCGUAUACUUUUUUCUUCUGCUUUUUGGAUUCUUCUAUGUAAAAUAGGCAUUGUCAAGUUCAUAUUUCUGGCUGAAGGCUGUGUUGCAAUUGCUGACUAUGGCAAGCAAAAGAGGUCCAUCCCAGGUUUACUUCUCUCACCUCCCUAAUAUCAGGUUUAUAUGGAAGAGAAGAUAGAAAGCAAAAAAGAACUAAAACACAC